CUUAAUAAGAAAACAUGCUGUCUAAAAAUCUUUUGGGUCUCUUGGCCGUACUCGUUUGUGCUCAGGCUGUAUUCGCUGUUACCAUUAUUUCCAAGUCGGAAUGGGGUGGUGCUGCCGCUACCAGCAAAACUUCUCUGGCUAAUGGUUUGUCUUAUGCUGUCAUCCAUCACACUGCUGGUGCCUACUGCUCCACCAAGGUCAGCUGUAAACAACAAAUGAAAAAUAUUCAAAGUUAUCACCAGAAAACUUUGGGUUGGGCCGAUAUUGGUUACAACUUCUUGAUUGGUGGUGAUGGCAAUGUUUAUGAGGGUCGUGGCUGGAAUGUAUUGGGUGCUCAUGCCACCAACUGGAAUUCUAAGGCUAUUGGUAUUUCUUUCAUGGGCAACUAUAACAAUGAUAAACCUACUGCUGCCCAAAUCUCUGCUGCUAAGAGUUUGUUGGCCGAUGCUGUUUCUCGUGGUCAAAUCAAAUCGGGUUAUAUUUUGUACGGUCAUCGUCAGGUGGGAUCUACUGAGUGUCCUGGCAAUAAUUUGUAUAGCGAAAUCAAGAAAUGGUCUAAUUGGAAGGCUUAA